AUGUACAAGCAACCUGAGAAACUCCAGGUGCUACUGUCACCACUAAAGAAAACUGAGGUGUUCAACAAACAAGCUGGUAACCGCAAACGUGGCCCAUCAAGUUCGACACUAUUGACUAUGUCUCUUCCUUCUAAAUAUCUUGGUGUCUCCAUCCUUCUCCGCCUCCACACUGCCUCCCGUUUGCCCGCGCCCGCCUCUACCUGCCUCCCGCCUGCCCUGCUCCCCGCCUCUACACUGCCUCCCGCCUGCCCCAGCGCCCCCUCUACACUGCCUCCCGCCUGCCCACAGCUCCCCGCCUCCCCCUGCCUCCCGUCUGCCCCAGCCCCCCGUCCACACUGCCUCCUGCCUGCCCACAGCUCCCUGUCUCCAAACUGCCUCCCUGCUCUAAACUGCCUCCCGUCUGCCCACAGCUCCCGCCUCCCACUGCCUCCCGUCUGCCCACACUCACCUGCCUCCCCUGCCUCCCUUGCCCCAGCCCCGCCUCACACUGCCUCCCGCCUGCCCCAGCUCCCCGCCUCCCCCCUGCCUCCCCGUCUGCCCACAGCCCCCCGUCUCCACACUGCCUCCUGCCUGCCCACAGCUCCCUGUCUCCAAACUGCCUCCGUCUGCCCCAGCUCCCGCCUCCCACACUGCCUCCUCCCUCUCCCGUCUGCCCCAGCUCCACAGCCUCCACACUGCCUCCCGUCUGCCCCAGCUCCCGCCUCCACCUGCCUCCCGUUUGCCCCUGAGCGCCCCGCCUCUACACUGCCUCCCGCCUGCCCACAGCUCCCCGCCUCCCCCCUGCCUCCCGUCUGCCCCAGCUCCCCGUCUCCCCCUGUCUCCUGCCUGCCCCAGCUCCCUGUCUCCAACUGCCUCCCGCCUGCCCACUGCUCCCCGCCUCCCCUGCCUGCCUGCUCCCGUCUUCCCCCCUGCCUCCGCCUGCCCACAGCUCCCGCCCUACACUGCCCCCGCCUGCCCACAGCUCCCCGUCUCCACACUGCCUCCCGCCUGCCCACAGCUCCCCCGUCCCCACUGCCCCGCCUGCCCACAGCUCCCCCGUCUCCACACUGCCUCCCGCCUGCCCACAGCUCCCCCCGCACACCCUCCCGUCUGCCCACAGCUCACAGCCUCCACACUGCCUCCUGCCUGCCCACAGCUCCCCGUCUCCACAUUGCCUUCCGCCUCCCUAUUCGGCAAACACGUCAGUUGCUUUUUGAGCCUUAA